AUGUAUAACAAGUGGGAUAAAACCUACUACAGCCUACAGGAUCCAAUCUGGUCGUCCCCUUGUAUUUCUGUUUUUCUAAAGGCAUCAAAUCAAGCUUCUGGAGGUUCCGAUCGGUCUUCUCGCAACAAGUUAUUGCACGAUGAUCGUAAUGGUCCUGCUAAGCCUGGAAAAGACAAGGAGAAGGAGAAGGUAGUAUUUAUUAAUGGUACUCCACCUUUUGUGUGGAAUGAAGCAAGGACUCCAAUGAGAGGACGAGAUCCAGUUGUUGCCUUUCAAAAUGCCAAGGUGCCUAAGGGUGGAUAUCCUCACCUCAAAAAACCAAAUAACAACAUGAAUGGUAAGAAGAUGAUAUACCCAAUCUGUCUGAAUUCUGCUUUUGAGAGCCAUCGGAAAUAUCAUGAUAGCGCAGCAUGUAAAGUAUUUGCCAAACAUGGCAAGCCGGGCAUUGGAAGAACUCAAGUACACAUUGAUCUUGAAGAUGUUAAAUGGUCCAACGCCAACUAUCCUGAAGCAAACUGGAAAGACGUUGUUGCUUUUGUCAAGAAAUACAAUGACUAUCUAUUACCAACAUUUAAAAGAUUGACGCCCAGCACACAAUGGUGA